AUGGCUGAUUUUGGAAUCUUAAUCGUUGAGAAACUCAUUGAAGUGAUUGGGAGCGAGCUGAUCAAAGAGAUUUUGGUUCAACGACGCUACGUUUCAGAUCUCAAGGCUGCUGUUUAUGAUGCUGAUGAUUUGUUCGAUGAGUUCAUCACUCUGGCUAAACUCAAACAGAUUGAUGGCAACAAGCGUGGUAAGUUCUCCGAAAAGGUCCGUCGUUUCUUCUCUUCUAAUAAAAAUAAAUUCAGUCAGGCUAAGCAAAUGUCUCGUAGAGUUAAGGCAAAUAGGAAGCAAUUGGAUGCUAUUGCUGAUGAUUAUAAUAAAUUUGGGCUUAGUGAUACUGUUAACUAUACCCCUAUUUUUAGGAGGCGGGAGGAAACUUGUUCUUAUGUUGAUGUAAAGGAUAUUAUUGGGAGGGAUUCUGAUAAGAAGGAAAUCUUAUAUGUGCUGUUAGAUCCUAGUGCUAGUGAUGAAUUUUGUUUCUUGACUAUUGUGGGAGUGGGUGGAUUGGGAAAAACGGCUCUUGCUCAACUUGUAUUUCAAGAUGAGAGCAUUCAAAAGGGGUUUUUGUCAUUAUGGGUAUGUGUUUCAGAUCAAGAUGGGGGACAAUUUGAUGUGAUGACAAUACUUUGUAAAAUUUUAGAAUUACUUACUAAUGAGAAGCUAGAUAAUACAUCCUCGUUUGAGUUAGUGCAAAGGAAGUUUCAAGAGCAAAUUAGUGGAAAGAAGUACUUUUUAGUUCUUGAUGAUAUAUGGAAUGAGGAUUAUGCAAAUUGGAAGGAAUUGGAGAAAUUCUUGAGGAUGGGUCUAGUGGGAAGCAGGAUUGUGGUAACCACUCGUUCAGAGAAGACAGCUAGUUGCAUAGGAAGUAAGCAUGUCCAUAAGUUAAAAGGUUUGUCCGAGGAGGAUUCGUGGUCUUUAUUUGAGAUGACAGCAUUUGAGGGAGUAAAAGAUCAAGAGUUGGUUAAGAUAGGGGAGAAUAUUGUAAAAAAAUGCUACAACUUUCCCCUAUCUAUAAAAGUUUUUAGGUAGUCUUUUACAUGGUCAAGAAAAGAGUAAGUGGGA